CCAGUUCCGCUACCACCUUGAACAUAUCAAACCUUUUAGAUUUGCAAACUUCUGCUUACCACAAAAAGAAACGGAAAAAAAAUAAACUUUUUUCAUCAACCACAAAAUCCUUUUUUCUUCAAAAUGUCAGAAAAAGUUCCCAACAAUUCGUCCUUGAAUGUUCCUUUACUACCCGAGUGGAAUCACCAUGAUGAAGAGAAAGCCGUGACUUCUCAUCCUUCUACCAAAAAUACAGUAUCCUUCUUUCGCACCUGUAUUAAUGGACUUAAUGCAAUAUCAGGUGUUGGGAUACUCUCAGUUCCAUAUGCUCUUGCAUCUGGAGGGUGGCUAAGCUUGGCUCUUCUGUUUGCUAUUGCCGCUGCAGCAUUUUACUCAGGACUUUUGAUCAAAAAAUGUAUGGAUAAGAAUUCCAACAUUAGAAGCUACCCUGAUAUAGGUGAGCUUGCAUUUGGAAAGAUAGGGAGGCUAAUAGUAUCAGUGUCCAUGUACACUGAGCUCUACUUAGUUUCAAUAGGAUUUUUGAUUCUAGAAGGUGAUAACUUGAGCAACUUGUUCCCUAUUGAGGAGGUUCAAAUAGGUGGAUUUGCAAUUGGUGGGAAGCAGUUCUUUGUGAUAUUGGUUUCCCUUAUUAUCUUGCCAACAGUUUGGUUGGAUAGUUUGAGUCUACUUUCUUAUGUAUCUGCAAGUGGAGUUUUUGCUUCUAUUGUCAUCAUUCUCUCAAUAUCAUGGACUGCAACAUUUGAUGGAGUUGGUUUUCAUCAAAAGGGAACUCUUCUUAAUUGGAAUGGAAUCCCCACAGCGGUUAGCUUGUAUGCUUUUUGCUACUGUGCACAUCCAGUCUUUCCCACUUUGUACAAUUCCAUGACAAACAAACACCACUUCUCUAAUGUCCUACUUGUAUGCUUUGUGUUAACCACUGCUGGUUAUGCAUCGAUGGCUAUAAUUGGUUACCUAAUGUUUGGCUCACAAGUUGAAUCACAAGUGACAUUAAACCUGCCACUGAACAAAGUAAGCUCAAAAUUGGCAAUAUAUACUACUUUGGUGAAUCCCAUAUCCAAGUUUGCUUUGAUGGCAACACCAAUUACCAAUGCUUUGAAAGACUUUCUUCCGGUUUCAUAUAAGAAUAGAGUGACCAGCAUCUUAGUGAGCACUGUGUUGGUAAUAAGCACUACCAUUGUUGCCCUCGCUGUUCCUUUCUUUGGGUAUCUCAUGUCCCUGGUUGGAGCGUUUCUAAGUGUCACAGCUUCUAUUCUGCUUCCAUGCUUGUGUUACUUGAAGAUUUCAGGCACUUACAGGAAAUUUGGGAGUGAAACGGUGGCCAUAGUAGCAAUAAUAAUAGCAGGUAUAGCAAUGGGAAUAUCCGGGACUUACACAUCUGUCAGGGACAUAGUGCAACAUUUGUAAUGUGGUGGAGUGCUUCAUUUUAUUCACUAUAAAAAUAUUUGUUCACAUUGAUGAGAGUGUAUAUUUCUUGGGAAACAGGUGGUUUUCACGUAAAAAGUAAAUGCAAUUAGUUUUUGUUUUUACUUUUUUCAAAUUUAUAAGGAUAUGCUUUGUCGGCUAUAGAACGUGUUUUCAGAUCUGAAUUAAAAAUAAUUAAUGUUAGCUUUUUA